UCUAAAGAUGGCUUCCUCAGAGCAAAUUAGAACGUUGCAGGGGAUAAAAUGUUUUUGUAAACAACAAUGAACUUGAUCAACUUAGCAUUGGUGGGCAAGACAAACAACAAGUGUGAAACUUGUUGUUUAGACUGCCAUGAUUCUUCCGCUGUACGCUGAAAAGUUAUAACACAAGACAAAAUAUUAAAAAAAACACUUUCUGCAAGAAGUUGUUUACAAUAUUGACAUUCACUCGUACUCAUUUGUUUUUUGCAGUUUAUAAUAUAUGGUUAAUUUUAUUUCAUUGUAAUAUACCUUAAUGUUUUAAGCAGCAUACGCAUGAAAACGUGAGCUUCAAAAUGUCAAGAAUGUGUCUGUGUUCAGAGGUUCCGGUUGAUUGCCUUGUGCCAAUUAAGAAUAAUUAGCGGGUUUAAAAAGAAUCAUUUCUAUGGAUGCACAGCGCAGAAUCGGUCAGUACCGGGAAGCUCCUGGUUCUGACAUUGUGAAACAAGGACUCCUGAAGAAAUUGAAGACAAUGAAGAAGAAAUAUUUUAUUCUCCGAUCAACAAGCAGCAGUGGGCCCUCCCGUCUGGAUUACUACGACAGUGAGAAGAAGUUCAAAACUGGACAUCUUCCUAAGCGCUCCAUCCAUCUUUUUAAAUGCUUUAAUAUUAACAAGAAAAUUGAUAAGCAUAAAAGUGUGAUUUCAAUAUUCGAAGGAACCGAAUGUUUCUCAGUUAUUGCGGAUUCUGAAGAGGAACAGGAAGAUUGGUUAAGCAAACUUCUUGAAUACCAGAAUGAAUAUCUGCCCGAUGGGGAGGGCCCUAAACCUCAUUUUGAAUAUGUGUGGCAAGGCAGUAUCAAGAAGAAGUCCAAGACCUCUUGUACACGGAUUGAAGGACCAUACAGAUUAUGUUUGUCGAACAAGGAAGUUAGUCUUGUUGAGCUUGACAAAUUUCAUCCGUCAUAUGUCUUUCAGUUCUCCAGUAUACGAAGGUGUGGACAUUCUGACAAUUUCUUCUUCAUGGAGGUUGGCCGUACUGCCGUCACUGGGAGCGGCGAGUUGUGGAUGCUUGUUGAAGACACCCAGACCUCUCUCUAUAUGCACAACAGAAUACUUGAGGAAAUGGCUACCUCCCGAGCCCAGCAGCAGGAAGGAUUCCGUCGCCGUAGCAACACAGGGGGACCCCCGCACUCGUCAGAUCACAGCUAUAAGAUUAGAGGCCGGACAACAAGUGAGAGUCACCAUAACCCUGGGAGUCCUAGGCGAGCACGUGCACCUAUAAACAGACCUCAGUCAACAGUUGUGUAUUCUCGAAGUUCCCAUCCUAACCUUGACCAUAUACCGAGUGGUGGCUCUUCACCUAGCCCAUUUGACACAUCGCUGUUAGAAGAAAUGCGACUACGAUCUGACAGCACGAACUCCCGCACUUCUCACACGUCCCACACUAGUCGACACUCAGAACUGGCCCACGGUCUUUCCUCCUACGAGAAUAUAGAGCGUGCCAUGCCGGACGGAUCUUUUGUCUUAGAAGAUUACGACGAUCCAUCCAGUAGCAAUGAUGACUAUCUACCUAUGAGCCCAGGGCAGGCCAGCCCGGUUCAAAGGUCAAGGUCAAGGUCACCUACACCACCAGUUAAGACACUGGAAAUGAAGCAAGGUCAAACCGCCUUCUAUGAUGAUUAUUUGUCGAUGACCCCCGGUCAGCCAGCAUCCCAAGGUCAGGCUCAUGGACAUGGUCAAGGUCACAAGAUCCGAACACUGACCCCUCCACCACCGACUGGAAAUAGUGACUAUUUGGCAAUGACCCCAGGCUCAGGUCAAAGGUCAAUGACCCCAUCUCCAACCAGGCAUUUAGAAAGGCCAGCUUCAGCUGGCUCGGAAGGCCAAGACUCUACGGGUAAAGGGGACGGGUACAUGGACAUGAAGCCUGGUAGCGGCGUUAGCAGCCCGGGUAACGAUAGUUAUAUGAGCCGGACCCCACCCCCCUCUGGUCACGCUCCACCAGACAAGAGCGGAUAUGUCAGCAUGGCGCCACCUGUCACAGCAGCAGGGAGUGGUUACAUUGAUAUGACGCCUGGACAGAGAACUCCCACAGACCUAGGCCCGGGCUAUAUGAUAAUGGAAGGCAAUAAGACCCCACGCAUGACGGCCCCUAUCCCCAUCAGGCCCAAGGAGCCAGGGUACAUGGAUAUGAUACCCACUGGUCAACCUCUGGCUACAGUCAAGGAGAGCGGUAGUGGUGAGGCGUACCUUCCGAUGUCGCCCUCUGGUCAAAGCCCCAUGUCCAUGGAAAGCCUAAAACCAGUGAAAGCAUACAGCUACCUCUCUGAUUCCGAUUCAGUAUCGGGCGAUUUUCCAAAACGGGCUUACUCUGUAGGAAGUCGCCCAGUUACCAAGCCCACUUAUAAGUAUCAUCAGCAGCCGGAUUUUCUCCGAAGGGAGCAACGAGAUAGCAGCAAAAGCAGCAGUGCUCCUCAUUUGAUUACCAACAAGCGACCUCCAUACAUUCAAGGUCACCAAGAUGGCUCAUAUUACGCGUCGAGUCCUUUAAGUACUUCAGUGAAAUCGGAAGACUCGGACAGUUUUAUGGAAAUGGAUUUCAUUCGUCCAAGAACUUCGAGUGAUAGUUACGGCUGUCGACCCCGAGCAUCAAGCUUCGGCAAACAGGUCACCCAGCCCCACAGGCCAAGAUCAUCCAGCUAUGGUCAGGGGUCUAAAGGCAAUAUGCGGCACUUGAUUGCUAAUUUGAGAAAUGAUUCCUUUGAAUCAAUUGGAAACACAUCAACAGAUAUGUCAGGCAGACGUCGAUCACAGGAAUCCAUUGAGAAAAUGUCUAGCUCAAGUCGAAAUUCCUCAAAUGACUCUUUAAAAAAACUUAAUGAGGAUUCUUAUGCAAAAAAAAACUUCCCCGCGUCUGAAUAUAUGGACAUGGGAUUCGAUAAACGCAAGACACCCUCCCCAAAUGUUCAAUCUGCGAUGUCCCCACAGCCAAAUAUUACUGGUUAUGUAGAUAUGACAAUAGGCACCCCUAAGUCAACUUCCCGAGGAGUUUCACCAAGCUCCUCAACUCAUAGCCUCGGCUCAUCACCCGCUUCCUCCGUUGGCCAUAACCUUUAUGACAAAUCCCAUAGCAGUACAAAAAUAGUCAAGGCCUCUGGAAAACCCAUACAGAAAUCUGGCUACAAAACGCUUUCCCCAAAUGUACCCUCAGAAAAUCACCUCAAAGUUACCACAAGGUUGAAAAUGAAUGAUAAAAGAUCUCCAAGUAGCUCGGGAAAGGAAUCGGAGGAUGAGAGUUAUGUACAGUUCAAGCCAAGUAAAGCAAUGCCAAUCGGAGUCACUGUUUUUGAUGAUAAUUCCUACAAGACACAGGAAUACGGUUUAAAAUCCCGACCGAACAUUAAAGUACAACAUGGUUACAGUAAAUCUUAUGAUUCAGCCAUUUUUAGUCCGGAAAUGGCUGCUGGAAUGAGCGAUUCUACUAAUGACUACCAAGGCGGCGGAAAGUACCGACAUGAGGAAAAGCAUAGGAGUAAAACAAAUGAAGGUUUAUGUGUUCGCAAGAAAAUCAAUACAGAUAAGGAAAAGGCUUUAAGCCGUAAAUAUAGUUCAAAAAGUGAAAAGGAAUUGGUUAAAUCCCCAGGGUUAGAAUCUAGAUUACGAAAAGGUAAUAAUCAUGGUGGAGUUACUCCCCCUAAUAAAACAUCAAGAAGCCACAGUCCUACGAUAGAAAAGAAAUUGGACUAUACCAGUAUGCCGGAUGAUGAUCUUUUCUCAAAUAAAAUGUUUACAAACAAAAACACCCAACCAGAAGUGAAGAAAGAUGAUGGUGUUUAUCUUGAAUAUCUGCCUGGCGAUCCAGCUACCUCAACAAGUGUUUAUAACAGUAAAGUCAGUGGAACCAGCAAAAGUGGCGUAAAGAACAGUGUAGCUAAUAAAGGUGUAGAUAGGAUCGAUAAAGCAGAUAAAAUUGGAGAUAGAAUCGGUCCCAAGUCACCUAAUCUUGAAGCUAGAAUGGAGCAACCUAGAAGGGUGUUUCCAGAUAGAGAGUAUUGUGAGAUUGAUUUUCCGGGACAAGUUGAACAGGAUAAACUUGUGAACGAGCAAGGGAACCCAGAUCACGUUAUAAACAAGAAUGAAAGUGAAAGACUUAGUAACGCUAGUAGGAAAGGUGGUGAAAAUCAGACUCCCAAAAGGACAAAUAGUUCUAGAAAAUCAAGUGAAGGUUUUGCUACAAGGAAGCAUAGCGAAAGUUCUGUUAAAACAUUGGAUGAUUCAAAUGGAAGCAAGAAUGGUGGUGUUGAAAAAACGCCUAAGAAAUCUUCUGAAAGUCAAUUAACGGGUAAAGGUGAAAGUGAUAUGUUAAAACCAAGUUCUGAUUACAUGGAGGCGGACCCAGCCCCUUUGAAAGCAUCGCCAUUGAGAAUAGUGAAAGAAAAAGAAAGAAGUCAUGAGAGUUCACCUACAAAAGUUAAGAAGAAGGGAACAUCUGAUGAUUUCUCUUACAUGGACUUUGACCCAGCUUCUGAUAAAGAUACAGGGGCCGGAAAGGAGGAAAAAAGUGAAAGUAUUACAACUCCGCAACGUGUGAAAUCAUAUAUCGCUCAUUCUGUUGUGGCUGAGGACAUUGGUAAAGAUGAUGAAAUAUUUGUUAAUACUGCUUCGAAUAAGGUAAUGAUAGGUGGCUCUAAUCAAGGAAGAUCUUUAAGCGAUAAUGAUAGACUGACACGGAAGGAAAGUGAUGUGGAUAGUGGGAUAACCUUUACAUGUAGCGCACGGAGCAAUACCAGUACUGAGCAGAAAGGUGGAAAGACUGAAUUGUACAGAUCAGUCUCUCAGCAAAGUGGAAACAACUCUGAAAGUAUUGACCUUGGUCAAAGAGGAGAGAGCUUGAGUGAUGUAACAACAGGAAUUGAUAGACAGACCUCCCAAAGUAGUAUAAGUAGUGCUCAUUCAACAAGGAAAAGUUCACAAGACAGUAUGGGCUUCCAUAGAAUGAGCUCACAGAGCUCACAUGAAAGUGUGUCUUCUGUAAGAAAGUUGUCACAAGACAGUUCGACAGGAUUAGUGCGGAAACCUUCUCAGAGUUCACAAGAAAGUAUAGGCUCUGUGAAAUUGUAUUCUCUAGAUAAAGCUCAUAGGCAGAUGGUCGUUAAGUCUACAAUGCCUGUCGCUCAAGAAGGGCAGCCGAUUCAGGAUGAAGGUUACUGUGACAUUGAUUAUGAGAAAGUGUUGAUUGAAAAAGAUAAAGCCAUCUCGAACCCAUGUACCACAAAGAUGCACCAUAGGUCAGGGAGCAAUUCUAGCUCCAAUAGCGACAGAAGUCGUAAAGUGUUGGACAGUAUGACGAGUGAAGACGAGAUACCGAUGCCAGACCCAGCACGAAGUUUCAUCGGUGAAUUACCUGUCCCUGAUAAUACUGUAAGCUUUAUAGCAGACGACACUGGUGAGGGGGCAUCAGGCUUACAAUGUAGUGUAGGGUCUCCGAUGAAACCUCCACUUGGGGGUAGAAGGUCCUCCCCUGGGCUUGUCAAGGAUAGUGAUGUAUUAAGGGGGAGUAUGCCUGGGAGAAAUUUGGGAAACGGGAGUCAGGGUAAUGUUCAUGUAGCCGGAGUUUCCAGGCAGACUAGUGUUCCUACAGGACCCAGCAAAAGUCCGCGUACUAGUGGCGAAAUUCAGAUUUCUGGAAGAACGAGACACCCAAGUGGUCCUGCUGUAAUGUCGACUCAGUACGGAAAAUCUGGGAACGGUUUAAGAGGACCUGGGCAAAAUACAAGUAGCUUAGAGCCUUUGGUUUCCGUACUGGAAUUACACAAGCAGAAAAGUAUGCCGUGUAUGAAUAUUCCUGUGUUUGAGAAAGUGCCGAACGUUUCUGAACUUCUACAAGAUUCAGGUCACCCAAGUCGGCACAGUUUUUCAGAUCUGACACAGUAUGAAGAAAUGUCUUUUCCUGCUGAUAAACUGGGACAGAAAAGUCAGACAAAGUGUACAUCUCAGCAGCAUUUAAAUGAAGUGGCAAGUAAAACCUCAAAUGAGCUUCAUUAUGCUGAUCUAGAGUUGAACAAUUCCAAGGAAAACGUCCAUGAUAAAUCUCCUCGUGUAAAAAGUAGGCAUACCUCGUCCAAUGAUGACAUAACACAAGGGACAGUCUCGUACGCAGAAAUAGAUUAUCAGAAAACUGAAAAUUUGAAAAUGGGCAGUGAUGUUAAAUUUACAUUAUAACAUUGUGUGUUACAUCAGAUCUAUUUAGUCUGUGUUGUAGAAAGAAGUUUUUUCAUCUUUUUUUUUCUUUCUAGAAUUGUAUUUUGAUUAUAGACAUUGUAUUUAUUAUUAAGAGGAUUAGGUGGUACAAUUUUGCUUUAAAGCAACUUAUACUUUUCAAGUGAAAAUAAUGAUUAAACUGAUUUAAAGGGUGACUGUUUUUGAGAAGGUAUUGAUAAUGAUCUGAUCUAACCUGAUUCAUCAGUUUUUGUCCAAACUUUUAUUAAGUAAGUAUUAAAUAUUGGUUAGAGUUUGUUAAUAUGCAUUCACCAAUUUAAGUAAUGGUUAAAUAUAGUAUAUAUACUUUUAAAAAUAAAUGGUUUGAUGUGACGCAGUCACAUUCAUUUUAUGUCAGUACCUACAAACAAUUUUUACAAACAAAGUUGUUUAGCUGUCUACAUUAUAUUGUGUACACCACCCAGUAACUGGGCCAGCCAAUGCUUAUUUCUAUUGCUUAACCUGAUUAAAAUCAAUUAAAGGUAACAGCUGAUUUACAUAAAUAAAUGUAUUAUUAAAAUUGAAAAAUAUUGCCUUUUCAUUGGACAAGAUAUAAAGCUGACCACUAAAUGUGGUAAGGCCCAGCACAGUACACACUAUUAACCAACUAUACUUGAUUUGUCUACGGGCCCAGCCUCUGUUUUAAUCUCUUGACUCACCUGAUUAAAUCAAUAAUGACUGAUGGCUGAUUUAACAAAAUAAUUGUACAGCACAUUUGAAAAAUACUCCCAUCCUAUUGGUAACAAAAGAUAAUGUUGAACACUCAAUAAAAUUGGAAAUUGAAUAAAAUCACAAGCAUGAGUAAUUUCUUUGUUCAAUCUGAUUUCAAUUGGUUUACACAAAUAUGACUUUUUCUGGAAGCACCAUUCUGCCCUUACGGAGAUGAACAUGGGCACUCUUCUGCCUUCAUAGAAUGAAGAAUUUCUUUGAAUUAAAAAUUAGAGUAAGAUUAUAUUUACAUAAAAACUGUACAUAUUUGGCACUUUAAACCUUUUAUGACUUAAAAUAAACACCAUUUCUAAUUUUUGUUGUCCAAUUCAUAAUGAUCAAGUUCUUCACAGCCUUAUACAAUGCGCUAUUUUCUGCCUUAACACCCUGUCCCUCUUCUGCAGCACCCUGUCCUUUUUAAAUCGUGGCUAAAACCCUUUAUUACAUGAUUUAAUUUACUGAAUUGAUAAAAUAUAUAUAUAUAUAUUCUGUUAGGUGUGUUUAUUAUGAAAAAAAUCAUAGAUUAUAUAGUUAUAUGCAUGUUGUUCCUACGUUCAUGGACUUUUGAAUAUCAUAAUAAUUCUAUUAAGCGUCUUGUACUGUUUGUAAAAUGCUUUCAUUGUUCAAGUUUUAUUAUCAUUGAUAUAUCCAUCAACAAGAUCAAAUCAUUGAUUAAUAAUGAUAACUACGUAAGCUAUGAUUAUUCAUUAUAAAUCAUGAUUACUUAGCUAUGAUUAUGUCAUUAUAAAUCAUGAUUAACAAUGAUUACUAAGCUAUGAUUUUGUCAUUAUAAAUCAUGAUUACUUAGCUAUGAUUAUGUCAUUAUAAAUCAUGAUUAACAAUGAUUACUAAGCUAUGAUUUUGUCAUUAUAAAUCAUGAUUACUUAGCUAUGAUUAUGUCAUUAUAAAUCAUGAUUAACAAUGAUUACUAAGCUAUGAUUAUGUCAUUAUAAAUCAUGAUUACUUAGCUAUGAUUAUGUCAUUAUAAAUCAUGAUUAACAAUGAUUACUAAGCUAUGGUUAUGUCAUUAUAAAUCAUGAUUAAUAAUGAUACUAAGCUAUGUUUAUGUCAUUAUAAAUCAUGAUUACUUAGCUAUGGUUAUGUCAUUAUAAAUCAUGAUUAAUAAUGAUUACUAAGCUAUGUUUAUGUCAUUAUAAAUCAUGAUUACUUAGCUAUGGUUAUGUCAUUAUAAAUCAUGAUUAAUAAUGAUGACUAAGCUAUGUUUAUGUCAUUAUAAAUCAUGAUUACUUAGCUAUGGUUAUGUCAUUAUAAAUCCUGAUUUAUAAUGAUUACUUAGCUAUGAUUAUGUCAUUAUAAAUCAUGAUUACUUAGCUAUGGUUAUGUCAUUAUUAUAAAUCAGGAUUUAUAAUGAUUACUUAGCUAUGAUUAUGUCAUUAUAAAUCAUUAUUAAUCAUGAUUACUAAGCCAUGGUUAUGUCAUAAAUCAUGAUUAAAUCAUGAGUAUUACUAAGCUAAGUUAAGGCAUUAUAAAUCAUGAUUAGUAAAUGAUUAUUACCUAGCUAUGGUUGUGUCAUUAAAAAUCAUGAUUAGUAAUGAUUAUAACUAAGCUAUGAUAAUGUCAAUAUAAAUCGGGAUUAAUAAUGAUUACUAAGAUAUGGUUAUGUCAUAAAUCAUGAGUAUUACUAUGCUACAGUUAUGUCAUUAUAAAUUUUGAAUUAGUAUUAUAACUAAGCUAUGGUUAUGUCAUUAUAAAUCAUCAUUAAUAAAUGAUUAUUACUUAGCUAUAGUUGUCAUUAUAAAUCAUGAUUACUAAGUUAUGGUUAUCAAACAAUUAAGUGUCAUGUUUGUUUAUUAUUCUAAGUAUUGAUUUUGAUAGCUUUGUGAUAUGAAGUGCAUAUUUAAAGAUAUUGUUUAGUGCAUAAUGCUUUUAUUUGUAUAAAUAAAAUGGAGUGGGGUGUAGUUGAUCUGCAUGUUACAUAUAUUGUUAAGCUUCAAGUUACGGGGUACUUUGUUUAAUCAUGAAGGGUUUGUUAUAGAUUUUAAUUUAUUGGUGUACUUUUUUUAUUUUUAAUCAAAAUGAAUGUGCCGGAUGAUUGACAUUUAAUAGUUAGAUGUAACAUUUUUUUCUCCUCUUAUUACACUAACACAAUCUUCAAAGCCUUAAAAUACUGUAUGACUAGACAUUCACAUGAAACUUCAUUCACAUGUUGCCAGACGCAAUGCCAACAUGUGUAACAAGGGCAAUAACUCUGGCUUUGAGAGCUGUUUAAUGGUAAAGGUGUUGGCUUCUCCCACCAGAGAUCAUGGAUUUGAUCCCAACCCAUUAAACCAACUUGAGAGAGAUUCAUACCAUCUUACAGCUUUCUUUAAAAUCAAGCUAAAAUGAUUUAUUAUAAACUAACAUGCUUUUGAUGCAAUUUAAAGCUUCUAAAAUACACUAAAAAGGACUUAUUUUCAUAUAAAAAUAAUUUUAUAAUCCAUUUGUAGUGUCUUAUUCAAGUUAUGGGGAGGCCCUAGCAAAAUCCACUAUAUUCAAUCAAACUUGGUAUGUUUCAUUUUAUAAUAUUUGUGAGGUCUGUUUCAAGUUGUAGGGGACCCUAACUAAAUCCCCUAUUUUUAAUCAGACUUGGUAUGUUUCAUUUUAUAAUAUUUGUGAGGUCUGUUUCAAGUUGUAGGAGACCCUAACUAAAUCCCCUAUUUUCAAUCAAACUUGGUAUGUUUUAUUUAAUAAAGGACACAUAGGAAAAACGCCAGCAGCCAAUUGUAUAAGACCUUGAUAAGUUGUCCACAGGUUACCUUUUGGCAGAUUUACACAUUUAAAGUAUUUGAUUGGUCGAUACUAAUUAUUAGAUAAAUACUGACCAAUCAAUGAACAUUUUGGCUAUUAACUUUAACCCAAACAAAAGAGUUAUCCAGUUUUAUAAAAUUUGCUGCAGAAGUUAGUACAAAUAAGGAAGUUUUGCAUUGAAUAUGCUACUAGAGGGGAUGACUGAGACAUGGUGCUUGAAGCUGCAUUCUCACCGAUUGACUGUUGGGCAACUUUUUAUUUUUUGUCUUGGAAUGGACUAAUUUUUGUGUAAAAGUCUGGAAACCAGUGGUAUAAGACUUCUGUCAAAAGAUCACAUCACAGUGUUUAUAUGUAUGUUUGAAAUUUAAUGUUUUAUGGCUAAAAGCGUUCCUAACGCUUUAAGAAAAGAUGAUUUUGUUUUAUAAAUUUUAAUUUUUGAAGGUAAAUUUAUAUGAAAACCUGCCAUCUGAUCUUUUGUCAGCAGUCUUAAAUCACUGGUUUCCAGACAUUUAUGCCAAAAUGGCGGAUUCAAAGUUCAAAGAAUAAAAAGUUGCCGAAACGGUCAAUCUGUGAGAGUGCAGCUUUAAUGACAUUAUAUAAAGAAACUGAUAGAACCUUUCUUGCCUGCCACUUUUGAAGAUCUUCAAUUUUUUUCAUUCACUAUUUAUUUAGAAAUCUUUGUACAGGUAUGAUUGACGGCAAUGUUGUUAACUUGUAAAUGCUUUUGAAUGAAAGUCAUUAUUAUUAAGUAUUGUAUAAUAUUUGUUUAAUCAAAUUGUAUUGUAUUAAUUGAUACCUUAAGACUUGUUAGUGACUUUAUGACUGGUUGUUGAUGUACAUUGAAUGUACCAUAUAUAAUCAUGCUACAAUUCAUGUUUGUAUCUCUGAAUAAAGGCAUUGUUUAUUGUUA